AAAAAAAGAGAAACCCACUGAAGAAACUCAAUUCUCUGUUCAUCCAUUUUUCCCUCAAAUCAUUUCUUCAUAAUCUUAUCUCAACAAUUCAUCAUGAACUCAAUCAACUUUCUUCUCUCUGUUUUCUUCUUCUUCUUCUUCUUCUUCUUUGCUUCAUUUCCAUUUCCAUCCACUUCAUCGCCGCCAUUGUUUCCGCCGGAAGCUCUCCCCACAAAAUCCGGCUAUCUUCCGAUCAACCCCACCACCGGCUCCGCCAUUUUCUUCACCUUCUACGAAGCUCAAACCCCAAUUUCUUCCCUCACUAAAACCCCUCUUCUCAUUUGGCUUCAAGGCGGCCCUGGCUGUUCUUCCAUGGUCGGCAACUUCUUCGAGCUCGGUCCAUGGCGAGUCAAUUUCCACAAACAAAAAACCGAACCCAUUUCCCUAAUCCCUAAUCCCGGCUCAUGGAACCGAAGAUUUGGGGUUCUAUUUCUCGACAACCCAAUUGGAACUGGCUUCAGCAUUGCCGCAACACAAGAUGAGAUCCCUAGAAACCAAUACUCUGUUUCUAAGCAUCUUUUUACUGCAAUUUCUUCGUUUAUUGAGCUGGAUUUAGUGUUUAAGAAUCGACCCAUUUACAUUACAGGGGAAAGCUAUGCAGGGAAAUAUGUACCUUCAAUUGGGUAUUACAUUUUAAAGAAAAACCCCAAAUUGCCUUAUGAUAAAAGGGUUAAUUUGGUUGGUGUUGCCAUUGGAGAUGGGUUGACAGAUCCCAUUACUCAAGUUACUACUCAUGGGUUGAAUGCUUUUUAUUCAGGUUUGAUUAAUGAAAAGCAAAAAAAGGAGAUGGAAAUUGCUCAAAUGAAGGCUGUGGAGUUGAUCAAAAUGGGGAAAUGGAAUGAAGCCACAAACGCAAGGCUUAAGGUAUUAGAUUUGCUUAAGGACAUGACUGGAUUAGCUACUUUGUAUGAUUAUACAAGAAAAUCUGCUUAUAAUACUGAUUUAGUGGAUGAGUUUUUGAGUUUCAAGGAAGUGAAGAGAGCAUUGGGAGUGAAGAAUGAGUCUAUGGUUUUUGAAGGGUGUAGUGAUGUUGUUGGGGAGGUUUUGAAGGAUGAUGUGAUGAAGAGUGUGAGAUAUAAAGUUGAUUUUUUGGUUAAAAAUAGUAAGGUUUUGCUUUAUCAAGGGCAAUAUGAUUUGAGAGAUGGUGUGGUUUCAACUGAGGCUUGGGUUAACAAGUUGAAAUGGGAUGAGAUUGAGAAUUUUUUGGGAGUGGAGAGAAAGAUUUGGAGAGUUGGAGAUGAGUUAGCUGGUUAUGUUCAAAAAUGGAUGAGUUUGAGUAAUGUUGUUGUGUUGGGAGCUGGUCAUCUUCUUCCUACUGAUCAAGCUUUGAAUUCUCAAGCAAUGAUUGAAGAUUGGGUUUUGGAGAAGGGAGUUUUUGGUGAUGAUAAUGCACAAGAGAAGAAGAAGAGUUUUGGUUCUAAUGGUUUUAGGGUUUGGUGAUGUGAAGCAAAAAAAAAAAAAAAAAAAACACUUUUGGAGAAGAGCAUCAAAAUAAGCUAAAUUAUGCUUUAAAAUAGAGCAUGUAUCUAUCUAGUUUGUUGAAUUUGGAAAUAAAUAGAGAUUUCUCUAUGCUCAUUUUAAGUUGAAAGUAGAUUAAAAGAAGGAAGUUAUAUGAAAAGGAAGCAAAGUGGUUUUGUGCUGUGAAUUUUUCAAGUUCUAUAUCUUAAUAGAAGUAUAGUUAUUGGUUAUAUUAGAAGAA